AAUAAAUCGCUUUUACGUGUGUAAAAUAUAUGUAACACAACCCAAAAUGCCACGUUAAAGUGUAAAGGAUGUAAUGCUGGAAUGGAUCAUAAACAAUGCUGUGCUUGAUAUUGAAAUGACUGAAGAUGCUAGUCCGAGGGAUCAAGUGGAUGAAGAAAUUGAUGAAAUAAUGGAGACCCUUAGUUAUGAUAUUAGUCUUAUUCAAUCGUUUCGUCGAGGAGACUUUUUUCGGAUUAAAAAAUCCCCUGAUUGGCGAGAUAACAUCCUGAGCUCUUUUAGUAAUGAACGUUUUAUGCAAAUGUUAAGGGUGUCCAAAGAUCAGUUUUUAAUGUUGUUGGAUCUUAUAAGAAACGACGUAAUAUUUCAAUCGACUGGAACCAAAAUGCAACAUCCUAUAGACUUGCAACUAGCAAUAGUUUUGUUUCGAUUGGGCUCGUCAGGGAACAGCGCUUCCGUAAGAAAAAUCUCUACAACAUUUGGGGUCGGUGAUGGUGGGACAUUAGCACUAUUUACGAAACGAGUUUUUACUGCCAUUUUGCGACUUUCAAGGAAGUAUAUUUACUGGCCCAAAAGAGAAGAGCGCGAGGAGAUAGUUUCAAAUACCUUCCAUGAGUUGCCCUACUGCAUUGGCUAUAUUGAUGGCAGCAAAAUAAAACUUUUUGAAAAGCCUCCAAAAAAUCAUGAUGUUUUAUAAUUCAUAACAUUUUGCUGACUGAUCACGAUAUACCGGACCAACACGUACAUCUAAAUGAAUUGCAGAACGGCAAUGAAUCAGAAAUAGGAAAUACUCGAAAUUCUGCUGCCGCCGAAAAUAAAAGGAAUAACU